UUCCUGGGGAGGCGUGACUGAAACUCGCGGUCCCGGCCUCUCUUAGACUGGUGGCUGUGCCAUGGCACCUCUACGGCGCGGUGGGGCUAAAGGGAGUCAAGGCGACACGUCGGCAGGGGCAGAGUUGGCACAAUCGCGGCGCCUGGACAGUAUAAAGAAGAAUCGAGUCCAUCAUGAAUCCCAGAGAAAAUGGUUGAAAAUUUCAUUUUUGGGAUCAUCUGGUCUACUUGCCAGUCUUUUAUUGUGGAGCUUUUUGAAUGGUGAUGAUGGUGCUACUGAAGUUCUGGCUCAUCAUAAUGAAAUUCUACAGAACAAGUUUAUUGAGGUGAUUUGUUCUGAGGAUUAUGACAGUCACAAAAGAUUUGAAGGGUGUACACCUAGAAAAUGUGGCAGAGGAAUAACAGACAUAGUAAUCACCAGAGAGGAAGCCCAACAGCUUCGUCGUAUAGCUGAAAAGGGAUUGUCACUAGGAGGAUCUGAAGGAGGGGCUUCCAUCUUAGACUUACACUCUGGAGCACUUUCUUUUGGAAAACAUUUUGUAAAUCUUUACAGAUAUUUUGGGGCAAAAAUUCAAAAUGUCUUUUCAGAAGAGGAUUUUCUGCUAUACCGUGAUGUGAGGCAAAAAAUUCAACAUGCAAUUGGUCAAGCUUUUGUUAUCAACAUUUCAUCCAUGUAUCUGACAAAACCUACCUUCUUCUCCCGGAUAAAUAGUACAGAGGCCAAGACAACUCAUGAUGAAUACUGGCAUCCUCAUAUUGAUAAGGUAACAUAUGGUUCCUUUGAUUAUACCUCACUGCUGUAUCUCUCAGAUUAUAUGAAAGACUUUGGUGGAGGAAGAUUUGUGUUCAUGGAAGAGGGUUUUAACAAGACCGUGGAACCUAAAGUUGGUCGAGUCUCCUUCUUCACCUCGGGUUCAGAAAAUCUCCAUCAGGUAGAGAAAGUCCAUUGGGGUACUCGUUAUGCAAUUACCAUCUCUUUCACCUGCAAUCCUGACUAUGGUAUUGGGGACCCAGCAUAUCUGUAAGAUAAGGGCCUUGUGGGUUCAAGAUUUGAAAUAAUAAAGUGAUAAAUUUGAAUUUAAAAACUCCAUGGCCAUAUUUAAUGUAUCACUUAUUUACAGUGAAUUUUAUUUUAUAAAUAUUUAAGUUUUUUUAUCAGUGUAUGAGGAACAACGAACUUUUCAUUGAGAAACUAUAUUUACUCAUUUGAGAAAUAGAGAAAAAAUUCUAAGACUGAACAUAACUGUCUACGACUGCCUAACUAAAACAAUUGGCAUUCUAUAUUUUUGGGGAAUGUAUAUAAUUUUACUUAUUUGGAAAUAUUCCCAUUCUGCAUAGGCAGACUGGUUUUUUUAAAUGACCAUACUCAAGAUUUGGAGAACCAUUUUAGAGCUAUUCAAGACCAAUUAAAAUGUUAACCCUAUUUUAACAUAUCCAUUAUCCAUAAAAACAUAGCUUUUAGUCUUCU